AUGCUGCAAAAGGGCUUGCUUGAGGAAGUUGCCGGGGGCAUUGUAUCUCUCGACACGCCUGCGGCAGAUGCCAUUGGCCGUUAUCGCCAGGUGAUCGAGUAUCUCACCAGGCCUGAGCCGAAGUAUGGAGAUGCAGCAGGCCUUGUGGAGUUAGAUCCGGCUUUCAUGUGGAUAGAGACUGACCCGGCCAAGCUCGCCAUGAUCGGGGCGGAGAUGAACAGACUCUGCGGCCUUGAUGAGUACGAUUUUGCCGCUGAGGCAGAAGAAGACGAAGAAGUUCGGCAGAGACAGGCUGAGCAGGCCUCCACCAUGGCCUGGACAUUCACCAGUGUGCUGGAGCAGGGGGAGGUGCUGACACCCCAGGAGUUGUCCGAGCUUCUUCCGCGAGCUGAUGAAUGCACAAGAAGAGUUCCUCAUGCGUCUAGGCAAAGGCCAACGAAAGUUUGCACCGUGGCUUUCGACAGUGACGUUGUCUAUGGCAAGGUGUAUUGGCCUGGGAGGCAUCGCAAGUGGGGCUGGGGAAACCCGCUGGGCAAGUUGCACCGGCAGGGCCUGCAGCUUUGUCAAUCCAGCGGUUGGCAGGCUGUUCAAGAGGACGAUGAUAGCAUUGUCCCGGCGUUCUGCUGGCCAACUCGACAGGCUGGAAAGUUUCCAGCCAGUCAGAUGGUGGCGGACGUGCUCCCACUUAUCCGACCCUUCCCCCAGGAUUUUACGGGGCGUUUGGACAACAAGGCACAGCUUGCCAUACAUCUCCAAGCUGCCGGUCAUUCCGACAUCCAUCCAGCGACGUGGGAUGCGCAAGAGUUUUUAGCAGACCCACCGGGUGAACAGGGCCUUUUCUUUCUGAAGCACAGUCUGGGAGUGAAGGGCACAGGUGUGCAUUUGUUUGAGCGCUCUUCGCUUCUGGAGCGGCUGCGCGAGCUUGGGCACAAAGGAUCUAAGCAAUUCAUAGUUCAGCGCUAUGUAUGGCCACCUGCUUUGCGCAACGGGCGGAAGUGGGUGUUGAGAGCACACGCUCUCCUACAUGGGCUCCCGGAUGGGACGCUUGGGCUGUACUGCCAUGACGACAUUAUCACUUUGGAGUAUGGUCAGCCGUACACAGAGCAGCUAGAUUUGCGCGCCGCCCAUAUUAGCAAUGUCGCGAAGCUGAAGCACUUGCCUAAACCCACACUGGUGGAAGAUCCAGGGCUGAGGCAGCAAGUUCAACAACUGACUCGGCAGGUUUUUGGAGCCGUCGCGGAAUAUGCGCCACGGGGGCCGUACGCUCCAAAAGAAUCUGAACUUUGCCAGGUUUUCGGCUUGGACAUAAUCCUGGAUGCCGGUGGGAAAGCCUGGCUACUUGAAGUGAAUGACUACCCGGCUAUUGGAUCAGGUACAAUGGAGCACGUCGACACGGCCGUUUACACUCGACUAGUCAGAGACGUGCUGCUGCUAGUCGUGUCUCCCAAGCUCGACGGCGUCGACUCCAACCCAGGUGGUUGGGUUUCCCUGAGCCUGCCAACUGCCAGAAAAGUGGUCUGCUUCAGCCCCGCAGCGCGUGUUUCUGCAGAGAUGUUCCUUCUUUCCAGACAGUACAUGGCCAGUCCAGCUUUUGCAUAG